ACACACAUGCACACAACCUCUGCAUAUGCACUCACCCAUACACACACUUGCUCCCUCACAUACACACACCUCUCCUGUGCUGUCAUUCCCUCUUCCUGGAUUAGUUUAUGGCAGAUGGUGCAAAAUGUCUUGGUCUAGCUGGAUUCUGCUUGUAUGUCUUGGCGUAUUCACAGGAGGAACCAACAGAGCUCUCGCUGAAGGUUCAGGCUCCACAGAGAGGAACUGUUCUGCAGUCCCACCAUACAUCCCUCCAACAGCAGUGAACACCACACUGAGACUGAAGUCGCUGAGAGAUGCCAUGAAGCAGCAGAACAUCUCAGCCUACAUCAUCCCUGGCACUGAUGCCCAUCUGAGCGAGUACAUUGCUCCACGGGAUGCGCGUGUUACCUUUAUGUCUGGCUUCACUGGUUCUGCAGGCACGGCGGUCGUGACACAGACUAAAGCAACACUGUGGACAGACAGUCGGUACUGGGUCCAGGCUGUGCGUCAGAUGGACUGCAACUGGGACCUGGAAAAAGAUGUUUCCAUACGCAGCAUCACAGACUGGCUCAUUCGAGAGGUUCCUGAGGGAAAAGAGAUUGGCUAUGAUCCCUAUGUCUUCUCAGUCAAAACAUUCAGCGCUUACAACUUCAACCUGUCCCCCGCCAACCGGAACCUAAAGUCCAUUCCUGACAACCUGGUAGAUAAAGAAUGGACCGAUCGGCCACCUCUCCCCCCAGACGCCCUUGUGCGUCUGCCAGACAGCAUCAUCGAGAGGACUUGGCUACAGAAGGUAGAGCAUAUCAGGAAUAUAAUGAAGGAGGAUCCUUACCAGCCCACUGCUGUCCUUCUCUCCGCACUCGAUGAGACGGCCUGGCUCUUCAACCUGCGUGGGAAUGAUAUUCCAUACAACCCAUUCUUCUACUCCUACACCCUGCUGACACUGGACCAGAUCUUGUUGUUUGUGCACAAAGCCCGAGUGUCAGAUGACUUGAAGGCAUACUUGAAUGCCACCUGUUACACGGCGGACUGUGUGGAGCUGAUUGAGUACGGCCAGGAGCGAACCCAACUGCGCAACUACCUGCUGCGGUCAGACGUGAGAGUGUGGGUGGGGACAGAAUACACCAACCAGGGGCUCCAUGAACUCAUCACCCCUGAGGACAAGUUAAUGACCACUGAUUACUCACCAGUGCUCACCACCAAAGCUGUAAAGGACACUACAGAGCAGCGCAUCCUCCGAGACGCACAUGUGAGGGACGCGGUGGCAGUCAUGCAGCUCCUGGUAUGGCUGGAGAAGAGUGUCCCUGGGGGAAAAGAGACCGAGCUCACAGCGGCACAUUAUGUCGACGAGCAGCGCAGCAAGCAGAAAAACAGCAGGGGUCCCAGCUUUGAGACCAUAUCUGCCAGUGGACCCAACGCUGCUCUCGCUCACUACAGUCCUACCAAAGAAACGACACGAGUGCUGUCUGUAAAUGAGAUGUACCUCGUUGACUCUGGUGGCCAGUACCUGGACGGAACGACUGACAUCACACGAACAGUACAUUGGGGCACUCCCACAGCCUUUCAGAGGGAGGCCUAUACUCGUGUGUUGAUGGGAAAUAUUGAAAUUUCUAGAAACAUCUUUCCUGAAGGAACAAGAGGCAUAAACAUGGAGAUGCUUGGCCGCCGAGCAUUGUGGGAGGUUGGACUGAAUUAUGGUCACGGCACAGGUCACGGUGUGGGCAAUUACUUUGGAGUUCAUGAAUGGCCUGUGGGUUUCCAGUCAAACAAUAUUCCAUUCAAAGAGGGCAUGUUCACUUCCAUAGAGCCUGGAUAUUACAAAGAGAAUGACUUUGGGAUUAGAAUCGAAGAUGUUGCAGUUUUGGCUCCAGUUAAAACAAAGUACGGCAAUAACUACUUGACCUUCGACAUUGUUUCUCUGGUUCCGUAUGACCGGAAGUUGAUUGACACCUCCAUCCUGAGCCCCCAGCAGUUGCAGUGGCUGGACCGCCACUACCAGACCAUCCGUGAGAAGAUGGGGCCGGAGCUGAAGAGACAGGGCCUGACGGAGGUGCACGACUGGAUGAUAAAACAUACAGAGCCCUUCCAGACAGCCACGGACUCGGGCGUAGUCUGCUCCUUCUCGCUGCUCCUCACCCUGCUCCCCACUGCACUCAUCCACGACCUCCUCUGAGAUAUCGUUCUUUUUCUUUUGUGUUAUUUUCUUUUGUUUGUGCCUUUCCUACAUGUCUUGUCCUCACAACAUCAAAUUGUUUGGACUGGGUUUCCAUCACCUAUUUGAUUGUUUUCUGGACGUUUUCUCCUCUUUGUUUCCCUUCCUACAUUCACUCAUUUCUAUCAUUUGUGUUUCAAUCAUUAAGAACCUGCCACAUGUGUCAGUGAAUUCAUGUGAUGUGCUCACACAGUUAUGUUCAAUUAAGUUAUUAUUAGUCUUGUUCAUUUUGUUUGUUGAUUGUAAUUUUCUUUAUUUUAUAUAUGUAAAGUAAUUGAACUGUAAAAAGGAAAAAUGAGCCAAAAUGCUAUUUAUAAUUUAAUAAAAUAUGACUACAAUGAUUGGAAAUUAGCCUUUAUGUAUAGACAACCACAUUGCAUUCACUUCUUCUUACACAUUUCAUAUUGGCGUCUAACUGUGCUGUAACCAUAUGUAACAUGGACAUGUGGUAUAUACAAUAAACACUGACACGUGUAUUGAAA